AGACAGCUAGCGCACAAUAAGGACACAGACAGAAACUUUUACAACUCUUCUCUGCRUUCUCAUCAAUCUCCAUCCUGUCUGUCUGCCUGUGGAGUGGGCCCGGUGGGGUAGGGGGGGUCUGAUGUUCUGACAUCAUGCUGYUGCUUUUGACAUCACUGCUGCUCAUAGAGCUGGACUGUUUUCUGGGAGCCCCAACAGGUAGAGAGGUCUACAGGAUGCCCCAGAGCGCCCUCAAAGCUCUGUCUGACCGGGGCACGGUUGUUCUGGAAGCAGCCAUGGCCAGCGCGCUGUCCGCCCUUGAGCGUGCGUCGUCUGAAAGAAGCCAGGCUGAGGCGGGUUGUCGUGGUUGUACCCCYUGCCUGUUUCAGAACUGUGGACAAUUGUCAGCAUCCUGUUCGUCUCCGUCCAGUGCCCUAUCAGAGCCCGCCUGUGACGGGAUCUCCAAGGCUCAGAAGAUCCAAGAUGAGGCGGAGCGGAGCUGGGCUCUGAGUCAGGCCUGUGCGUACUAYCAGCACCGCUGCCCGCCUGCUGAACUGGACUCUGAAAGCUGCAUCAGGAUCAUGGGCGAGAGCUGCAGCGCUCGAGUCCUCCAGUGCAGUCUGCUGAACACAAUGCAGAACCUGGAGCCUUCCAUACAGACCCAUGCACAAGCAGUGUGUGGUCAGAGGUCAGCCACUGUGCGAAACAUCACACAGCCCCGCUCCAGGAUUGUGGGGGGCUUCCCUGCUCCUCCAGGCAGCUGGCCCUGGUUGGUGAACCUGCAGCUGGAUGGUGGGCUGAUGUGUGGAGGGGUCCUAGUGGAUAGCUCCUGGGUGGCCACUGCUGCACAUUGCUUUGCUGGGGGUCGUGGUGAGAGCUACUGGACUGCAGUUGUGGGCGAGUUUGACAUCACCAAAGCUGAUCCGAACGAGCAGGUUCUCAAAGUGAACCGCAUUAUCCCCCAUCCUAAGUUCAACCCCAAAACAUUUAACAAUGACAUAGCAUUGGUGGAGCUGACGUCCCCGGCGGUCCUGUCACAACAUGUCACCCCGGUGUGCCUCCCUUCUGACACAGACCCCCCUACAGGAAGUCCAUGUUUGGUGGCAGGAUGGGGGUCCCUAUAUGAAGACGGACCUUCUGCUGACGUGGUGAUGGAGGCGAAGGUUCCCCUGCUGCCUCAGAGCACCUGUAAGAGCACUCUUGGCAAAGACCUGGUCACCAACACCAUGCUUUGUGCUGGUUAUCUCUCUGGAGGCAUAGACUCCUGUCAGGGAGAUUCUGGAGGCCCCCUGAUCUACCAGGACCCUUUUUCCGGCCGUUUCCAGCUCCAAGGCAUCACCUCCUGGGGAGAUGGGUGUGGGGAGAAGGGCAAGCCUGGAGUGUACACAAGAGUGUCUGCAUUCACUGAUUGGAUUCAGGCUGAGAUACAGAAGUCAUCAGGAAGCAGGGAGCCAACAUGUCCAGAGCUCCUAAAGACAACUGAAAUGACRGAGGAGGAACAGAAGUCAGAGUUUCACUCUCUCUGUCACUUCUAUACCCUGACCUGUCCWCCUGCUCAGUCUGACAGUUCUUGCAGCCAAAUGGCCGAGGACAAAUGCUUCACCCGCUUCAAGAAAUGCCAGUUGCGCGCCUUCCUGCAAACCCUGUUGGACCUGCUCCAGAGGGCUGAGGACUACAUCCGGGACAAAGUGGACCUGACCUUCUUCACACAGACUCUCCCCCAGCUCGUGGAGAACAUCUACAGUUCAGCUUUCACUCACGGCAGAGAGCGGCGGGAUCUGAACCACGUUCUCACACAGAUCAGCAGAGAGCAGCCAGAUGGAACUGUGAUUCUAGCAGAACAAGGUCUCCCACCGGCUUUAUUCCAAGACGUUGGACCCUCAGUGGAUGAUUGGGAGGACUACCUGAGAGACAUGGCUGAUGAUCUGGAUAAACAACACAAGGCUGGAUCGACAGACAUCUCCUCCAAAACAAAAAGGAAUGAGGACAACCUGUUUUUACAGACACAAGACUCUUUGGUGCAGCGGCUGGCAGGACAGUAUCUGUCUGUUAUUUCAAGUCUUCGUUCCAAACUGGGCUCUAGAACAGCUCCUCCUCUUCUUCAUUCAGACCCUGUCUAUCUCCAGGAAGAAUCUCCCAUCAAUCCAUCGUUUUUUCCUUCUUCUACCGGAGCACCGGACCGUACCAGUCCAGUAUCCUCCUUGCCAAAACCUCAAGAGCACUUGUCCCUUCUGGUAGCCCUGAUGGACGGAUUUCAAAAAUUAAGRACGCAGGAUGAGACUGUGGACGAAGAUGAACUGCAGAGCAAAUUCCUGUUCAGCUCGGAUGUUUCUUCUGAUACAGAGUGGAGUACCACGUCAGAGGAUUUUCCUUUUGGAGAGAAUGAGAAAGGAAGAGACAUAAAAUCCUCAGCUUUACCAGAAUCAGAGGAGAUGACGUCUGUCGUCCAGCAUGAUGUUCGUCACACAGAAGGCUCUGACUCUGGAYAUGUUGAUUCUUUACGUCUGCACAGGAAAUACAGGAGCCUUCUUCAACCAAGACAGAUUCCUGGUGCCAAGGGAAAAAGUAAAUAUUUAUWAUAAAAUAACCAAUGUCUACUUGGUUCCAAGGAAUUUUCUAAACUGAGACUUUUUUUUUGCGUUUCUCCGUAGUUUGYCCUGGACUGAGAGAGGYUUCACAGCAGGUCAGCCAAAUCCARAACUCCUACAGCUGGGUUCUAAACAUCCCAAGCAAGAAUCUGCGCAUGAACUUCCAGGAGGUGUUGGUGGAUCUGAGCUCAAAGAACGAUCAAGGGCUUUACCAGGCGCGGAUCAAAGCUGUGGUGGGAGGACGACCUUUGACCUUCUACAGUCUUGUUGGCCUGGAGAACGAAUCGUUCUACCGCAGCCUGCCAAGGAUCAUAGCUUUGGCACUGGCCGCUCUUAAGGGUUAAUUUGAAAUUACAAUAGGACUAAAACAUUUGUGUGGACAGACAAACUUCUGCCCUCUGCUGGUGAAAGCAUUACUCUGAACUCAUCACUGACUCGGAACAUGAAUGUACUGAAUUAUCAGCCUUGUUUAAAUUAUACGUUUGUACAAAAUAAGUUAUUGUCUUUUACAAAGGUUGAGCCUGUUGUGAAGCAGACUGUACAUGUAUCAUUCAUCUUUAUUCUUGAAAUAUUUAUUUGUAUAGAGAAAGCUGUAUUUUUGUAAAAAACCAAAAUAUAUAUAUAUAAAUAAAUGACUAUAAAUUGCACAAAA